UUACAAUCAGCAGCCACUGUGCACAUCAGGAGCGUGAAAGGGUCCCUGUGGACCAGUGCUGGCAGCAAGGCUCUCCCACACAGAAAUGAAUGUGUGUUGGAGGCAGACGGAGAGAGAGAGAGAGGUGGGCGAGGUAAGAGCGAGAAAUUAAGACGAGGGAGUUGGAGAAGUGAGAAAGUGGGAGGGAGAGAGUGAGGAAGAGACGGAUGUUGCCCGUUAACCUCAGACAGGAAUAUGGGCUAGAAAAUGUUCUUUCCACCCUGACUCAGUCUCUGUACUCCGGGUCCAGCUCGGGAGAAUCGCGGCGGAAUCGUGGCAACGAAGAUGCGGGCGGUCGGGGCCGUGGGAGUCGGUGUGCUGUGGGCGCUGCUGGCCGCUCUGGUGCCCGGCGGCGCGUCGGAGCUGGCGACGCUGGUGCAGGAGCAGGUCAAACCCGAGUCCUCCCUCCUGAAGCCAAAGGUUAUGAUCGCCAUUGUGGCUCGCAACGCGGCACACAGCCUGCCAUACUACCUGGGCUGCAUCGAGAGGCUGGAGUAUCCGAAGGAGCGCAUAGCAAUCUGGGCGGCAACAGACCAUAAUAUGGACAACACCACUGCUAUGUUGAGAGAAUGGCUGAAGAGAGCCCAGAGUGUCUACCACUACGUGGAGUGGAGGCCCAUGGAGGAGCCAAGGUCUUAUACAGACGAGUGGGGUCCAAAGCACUGGCCUCCCUCUAGAUUCAACCAUGUGAUGAAGCUGAGACAGGCAGCGCUGAAGGCUGCCAGGGAACGAUGGGCUGACUACAUACUGUUUGUAGACAGUGACAACCUGUUGACGAACCCUCGUGUGCUGAACCUGAUGAUGGCUGAGAACAUGACCCUGGUGGCUCCCAUGUUAGAGUCUCGCUCUCUCUACUCAAACUUCUGGUGUGGCAUCACCCCACAGGGUUACUAUAAGCGAACCCCAGACUACCAGCCGAUCAGGGAGUGGAAGCGGCUCGGCUGCUUCCCUGUUCCCAUGGUGCACAGCACCUUCCUUUUAGACCUGCGUCGUGAGUCCAGCAGGGACCUGACUUUCUACCCCCCUCACCCAGAUUACAGCUGGGCAUUCGAUGACAUCAUGGUGUUUGCUUUCUCAGCACGUCAAGCGGGUGUGCAGAUGUAUGUGUGUAACAGAGAACACUACGGUUUCCUGCCUGUCCCUCUCAAGGCACAGCAAAAUGUGGAAGAUGAAAGCGAGAGUUUUAUACACACCAUCACAGAGGCUUUGAUCGACCACGACAUCGAGCCCUCUGAGCACCUGUACUCUUCGCCAUCACUGCAGGACAAGAUUGGCUUUGAUGAAAUUCUCCUGAUCAACCUGAAGCGCCGGCUGGACAGGAGAACCAGGAUGUUGAAAACAAUGUCCUCGCUGGGUCUACAUGCGACACUGACAGACGCAGUGGACGGCAAGGCUCUGAAUACGUCCCAGUUGCAGGCGCUGGGAAUAGAGAUGAUGCCGGGCUACAAGGAUCCUUACUCUGGUCGAGUCCUGACCAGAGGGGAGAUUGGUUGCUUCCUCAGCCAUCACUCUAUAUGGACACAGGUGAUAGAGCGUGGCCUCCAGAAGGUUCUUGUUUUAGAGGACGACGUGAGGUUUGAGCCCAGGUUUAAACGGCGGCUACAGGCCAUAAUGGAUGCCAUCAACAAGACCCAGCUGGACUGGGACCUCAUCUAUGUGGGACGUAAGCGUAUGCAGGUGCAGCAGCCGGAGCAGUCGGUGGAAGGUGUAAACAACCUGGUUGAGGCCGACUACUCCUACUGGACACUCGGCUAUGCACUGUCGCAGCAAGGAGCCAGGAAGUUAUUGGCUGCACAGCCGUUCACGAGGAUGCUGCCUGUUGAUGAGUUCCUGCCAGUCAUGUUCAACAAACACCCCAACACUGAUUACAUGUCUCACUUCGAGCCGCGGGACCUGAAGGCCUUCUCCGUCGAGCCGCUGCUCAUCUAUCCCACCCACUACACCGGAGAGCCGGGCUACAUCAGCGACACGGAGACCUCCACCAUCUGGGACGACGAAGCCGUGGCCACAGACUGGGACCGGCAGCAUGCCCGCAAGACGGCCCAGCAGGGUCGCAUCCGGCCUGUGGCCCAGAACAGCGUCACUGGAGACUCGCCGCCUCCUGCAGCUCGAGCAUCACGUGACGAACUCUGAUACAGAGACCAGAGACUCACAGAGAAAGACUCGUGUUGACGAAUAUACCAUGUACACACAGUGAAUGUCACGUGUACACUCACUUGAAAAGACACUUGAACUACAAGCCGAGAUACUGUACAUGCAUUUACACACAUACACAUCACACACACACACGCAUGCACACACACACACACACGCUGUUAUCCACAUGGAUAAAAGGAGAACUGAAAUGUCAAUCUAAUCUGCUGUGUGAUGAGAGGGCACUGAGGAGUGGAGGAAGAGGAAGAAGAGCAGAAUCUAGGACGGGGGCCAGCCGGCCUUUGACAAAAGCUUUAUUUAUUCCCCAUGUGCCUCCUCAUGUGGAGACAGUUAACGGCCUAAGAAAACUUAAGCAACACAUGGAAGACAGCUAACAUCAUUUGCAGGACAUGAAACUAAAAAAAACAUUCUCACAAAUCAAUUUUUCUAUUGUUUAAAAAGAUUAUUGUUAUUUAAAAAGAACAGAUGUGUUGUUUUUUUUUUCUAUGGACAGCCAAGGAAUAAAAGAAUCUUAACGCUGUCUGAAAAAACUCUGAAGUAUGUGCGUGUGAAACUGUGUAAAACUGUGUGUACCAGCAUGCACGCGGACACACAUACAUGCAUAUAAAUGAAGAACUGAGCGUGAAAGAGGGAGGCUGAUAGUGUCACGGCUUCAGAUGAUGUUAGACACGCACGCGCACACACACACACACACACACAUACACACACACACACACACACACACACACACACACACACACACACACACACACUGAGAGUACACCCCUUUCAUUCCAAGCAGCAGGGCAGUAAUGGAUGUUAUUAGGGCCCAGUGUUUCUGUCAUGGCAGAUAUCUCACUUGCACAGCAGGCUGGUCCUGCUACUAAGCAUUUCAGAACAGCAGAUAAUACAGUAGUACAUUACAUGUAGCCUGCAGGGUGUAUGACGUGCAGUUUCAUCCACUUCAGACCCCCGCUUUGUUAAAUAUGGAUUAUUGAAAUGUUCAUGUCCUCAACAUAGGCUGUUCCUCGUUCAGUUAUGGUGCUGGACUGAACCAAUAAAACAACUUCUCUA